AUGGCAGCUGUUGGAGAGGCGGAGGCACGGCGAGCCAGUGAAACGAGCUUCUUCGACGAUGCACCACCACCGGGGGACUCGGAGCAGGGAAGCGAUUUGACCUCCUCAACUAGCCGGAACCAAUGCUAUCUUUGUUCGCGGACAUAUGAGCGGCCGGAUCAUCUCAGUCGACAUCUCAAAUCACAUGAGAAUGAAAGGAGCUACCGAUGCAGGGACUGUGGCAAAGGCUUCAAUCGAGCUGAUCUACUAAAUCGACACCGAGCCGCGCAUACCAAAAGCGCAAGCGACGCUCUUCGCAAAAGGACUGGACGUGCGUGCGCCGCAUGCAUCAAAGCCAAGACGAAGUGCGACGAGGAACGCCCAUGCAAACGAUGCAGGACUCGAGACGUGCCAUGCGAGGAGACAGAGUCUCGUAAGUCUACCUCGCAACCCAUCAAACAGAUCCGUAGGUCUUCUUCGGUCGAGCAACCAACUGCGACACAAGCUGGUGCUUUCCUUCUUACGCCACAGCAGCAGCAUCUACCACAGCCGCUUGCCAUGGCACCAAUGCAACAGACGCCUCCCAUGUCCUCGUCACGACACCUGGAGGAUGCCAGUCUGCUGCUUGGUCUAAAUCAUGCUCAAGCACCACCAGCGCCAAUGCUACCAUAUAGCACAGCAAAUCAUGACCCGCAGCUCACGGGCAUGACGCCUUACAACUCACUUGAGCUUCAACCGUCAGACUUUGCCACAAAUGGCUUUGGUUUCCCGGACUUCUUCGAACAGAUCUUGAUGCCGGAAAACCUGCAGCAUGCAGUACAUAUGCCACCACCUGAUGUUUACAACAUGACUUCAGACCUUACGUUUGAUGAGAGCGAUUUCGAUUUCAGCUUUCUUGCAAGCGGACUCACACGGCCAUCGACUGCCCAGGGACAUCGAGCUUUCGAGAAUGGUAGUGGACCCGAGGCUGAUUUGGCACCAAGUUCUGAUGCACACUUGAGGUCUGAGGCAUUCAAACGCAACCCAUGGUCGUGGAACCACUGGAUACCAGAGCGAAACACGCAUACCUUUAGUGGCCAGGAGACGAUUGAUGUACGGGAAGCACAUGUCAAUGCAAGUGAUCAGCUUACCAGUCCUGACAGUGUGCGACCUGUGCAUUGUGAUCUGGGACACCCUGAGCGAGACCGCAUGAUCCGAAUUGUAACCCAGAUUGCACGAAACAGACUCUCGAUACCUUCAUUCCCAUCACUAGAACUGCUGGAAGACCUGAUCGAGAUACAGCUUCUGCAGGACAGCAGUGCUAUUGACUCGUUCUAUCAUGGCGCAUCUUUUACCUCGGAGAACACUCGGACGGAGCUGCUGCUUGCCAUGGUAGCCGCUGGUGCGCGGUACAUUGCACUGCCUCCUGUCUGGAAAAUGGGUCUCGUCAUACAAGAAGUCGUGCGACUAGCUAUUCCUGAAGUGCUAGAGAACGACAAUGCCAUGACUAGAGAGCUAGAAUUCCUACAGGCGUUCAUGAUGGUCCUUGACAUAGGGGUGUGGAGCGGCUUCAGGCGAAAGACUGAAAUUGCCAUCUCUUUCUUGCAGCCACCAGUGACCAUGAUGGCAUGGUCCAACGCUUUCCGCAGAUCCGGAUAUCAUGAUCACAUACCUCUGCCAGAGGAUUCGGAUGAUGUCCUUGAAGACAAAUGGAGGAGCUGGGCUAAGCGAGAGGCCAAGAAAAGGCUGAUCCUACACACAUUCUUACAUGACUCGCAAGUUGCGAUCGUGAAUAUGAAGAACCCUUUGAUCGCGCCCUCACAGUUACUGUUUCCUCUACCUGCGUGUCGCGAGCUGUGGCUGGCACCUAAUGCUCACGCAUGGCGACAUGCUUACAUACGAAUAAAGCCACCAACACAAGCCUUGACCCCGUCACUCCUGGAUUUCUUCGGCAGCAAUACUCUGCUAGAUCAGUACGAUGGAGUCUUCGAUAAGAUCUUGUGCUUGCUGUCUGCCUGCCAUGGCUUAGGUCAAGAAGUGUGGCAGUUCCGGGCCCAGAACAGACUAUUAUCAAAUUGGCAGAACCAUGGACGGCGCGAUCGUUGGCUCGACCAUCAAAGGAUGCAGCGAGAUCUGUAUGAUGAUCUGUGUGCGGUUCAUGCUUACUGCGAGAUCCACAGUAGUGCGACACCAGAGAUCAUGAUGACGUUGGAGCUGCUACUAAUGUCACUACAUGUCGACCUUGAGGACAUUCAGACAUUUUCAGGGAAGCUAGGCGAAGAGGAAGCACGUAAAGUCGCCCCUCGAGUGUUGGCAUGGAGCCAAACGGGGGAGUCCAGGGUGGCAGUGUGGCAUGCUGGUCAAGUCCUCCGGGUAGCGCGGACAUUCGAGAAGACACGACUACGAGACUUCUACGCAAUUGCACUAUACCACUCGGCGCUCACGCUAUGGGUAUACGGCAUGAUCACGCAUGGUGCUUCCCGUAAAAGCGGCAAUGAGACGCCUACACAUCACAUGCCACGCAUGAUGCAGCAGAAUUCUCACGCGGCAACCAUAUCGCAGCAGGCCGUAUACGUAGACACGAACAGCGACAAGGUAGGCAAGGGAUUUAAAUUGCUUGGCCAAGGUUCUGCUGGCGUGCAAAACCACAGCGGUGACUUCGUGCCGCUGUCGAACGGACGCGGUCUCAUGGCCACCGCGGAAGCCCUCCUGAAGAGCAACUUCCCACAAAGUCGACACGGUUUACCACCCCUGGUCGAGAACUUGGCGAAUCUCAUGGGCGAACUUGGAAAGCUUUCGAGACGCGAAUGA